CAAAUCGAACUGGAACCCGUCAAUGGAUCCAACGCUUCCGGUGAGUUCGCCAGAAAGCUUUUGACAACCCUUCCAUGCAAAUUCAAGAGUUUACGGGGCAUACCAAUCACCGUCGACACCGAGAAACCUGUGGAUCUCAUCGAAUUGUUGGGGAACAUUCUUGAGAUCACGGAUUACGCAACGAACAUGGCAUCAUUCUGGUUUCUGGACAUGCUGGCCCUGCAGAUCUUGCAUCAUCAUAAAGAUCUGGAUGAACAUCAUAUCAGCGUAUUGAUCAGCUGGUUAAUUGGAGAAAUUACGUUGCUUCGAGACAGAAAGUGUUCCCGAGAAGAGUUUUUCAAAGAGAUGGAAGAGAUCUUCAUGGUGGCGACUGACGAAAUAUCGGAACAAAACAAACUAUUGUACUGGGAUGAAGUUGUGUACGAAAAUAACGCGGAGGAAGGGAUCGAGGAAGAGGAGACACAGAAUUCAAUAUUUCGAGAAGAGUCUGCCAAAACUCUGCAGAAAGGGCAGCCGAAGGAGUUGGGAAGCAACGAGGAAUUAUCCCCUUCACAAGACACUACCAAGUUUUCUAUUAAUGUCGACCCUCUUUUCGCAUUGAAUAAAGUAAUCGAAUCUACGUAUGAUAUGUAUGCCAACGAAUUACGAUACGCGCUUGUUUACGCAGUUUUCGUUACACCGAUAGAGAUUCAGACUUACAAUCUCCCGUUCGUUAUUCGCGCACCACGUCCACCGAAGUUCGUAGAUAAAACGAUGUCUUUUAGUAUGCGUCUCCGUGAAAAUAUGAAAAAAAUUAAAGCAAUUGAACGACUUAGGAAAUCUAUAGGUAAAAGACGGGAUAAAGCGAUCGAAAUAGUGCCUGCGACUCCUGCACCCUCCUUGGACGACGAGAAAAUGUUAAUAGACAAGCGGUUAUAUAUUUUACCACUGGCAGAAGCGAACGAGGAGUUCGAAGUGUUUGAAUCUCAAUUGAGUAGCAUGUAAUAUUAAAUGAUAAAAGAAUAUGAGCUUCUUAAAAAAUAUUCUCUUUAUUCUCCGUUUAUAACACAUCAUUCGUAAAAAAUUAUCU